AUGUCAUCUCUACCAAGGAGGGUGAAAUCUGAAGCCAAAGCCCUUACAUCAGGAUGUGAACUACCUUCAUUUCUUAAUUCAAGCUCUGAAUCAGAGGAGGAGGAAGAGGAGUGGGAGCCAAAAAGCAAAAUUGCAAAGAAAUCUCAAUUGCUAAAGAAAAAUGAAGCAAAACCUAAAAAAGUUGGUACUCCACGGGCAGCUAUGGCUAGGAAAAAUGUCAAGAAGGUAGCAGUAAAAGAGGAAAUGGAUGUAUCCUUACCUGUUGCUCCUGCAGAAGGUAAUAGAAUUCAGCUUCUAAAACCUAAGGAAGAAGGUGCAGGCACUAAACCAAAAACUUUAAAUCGAAAACCAGAAGUGCCUAAAAAAAGGGAAAUAAAUUCAUUUCAAGGGAAGAAUGUAAAGAGUUUAGAGAGUGAUGAAAAGCCCUCGACAAGUGUUCCUGUAGUGGGAAAUCAAGUGAAACAUGAGAAAUCUGACAAGGACUUUGCAUUUGAUGAACCACCUUUUAAAAAGAUUAAGUCAACUAUGUGUCCUGAAGGAAAACCAGUAAAACAUCUAGGAGGCAACAAAAUAAAAGAAGAAUAUGAAAUGAACUGGGAUAUUGUACAGGCCUUGUCAGAAAUAACAAAUGUUGAACCAUGGGUAUGUGCAAACUUAAUUCGCCUCUUUCAAGAAGAAAACACAAUUCCUUUUAUUGCUCGAUAUCGAAAAGAGCUCAUCAAUAAUUUGGAGGCUGAUGCCUUGCGAGAAGUGCAGCAAACACUGGAAGAGCUACAUACUGUUGCAAAGAAGACACAUACAAUGAUACAAAAAUUGAAGAAAGAAGGAAAAUUGUCUGGAUGCCUUUUAACAGCAUUAUUAAAUUGCAGAACUUUGGAAGAAUUGGACCACGUGUCUGCACCUUAUAAAACUGGGAGUAAAGGCACCAAAGCCCAGAGGGCCAAGCAACUGGGAUUAGAACCUGCUGCACUCUCUCUGCUACAGAAUCCCAUGGGACUCAAUCUCUUUUCUUACAUUAGACCCAACACCAAAGGACUUUCGACUAUCCAGGAAGUAGAGGCUGGAGUACAGCAUAUUUUAGCUGACAUCUUUGCUAAAGAUAAAGAUACACUGGAUUUUAUCAGGAAAUUAUGUCAGCAAAGGUACAUUUGUAUCCAGUCAGCCUUGGCAAAAGUGUCAUCCAAAAGUGGAAAUGAAAAAGAUAUUGAUAAAUUCCAACUGUACCAUGAGUUUUCAUGUAAUAUAAAGAACAUUCAGCAUCAUCAGAUUCUGGCCAUUAACCGAGGGGAAAAUCUGAAGAUCCUGACAGUGAAGGUCAACAUUCCUGACGGGGUGAAGAAUGAAUUCUGUUGGUGGUGUGUCAAUGAAAGAUGGAGACCAAAACAAUUUUUAAAACCAGAAUUGAUGAGGAUACUACGGAAUUCAGUUGAGGAUGCAUAUAAGCGCCUUAUAUAUCCUCUCCUCUGUAGAGAAUUCAGAUCGAAGUUGACAUCUGAUGCGGAGAAAGAGUCUGUGAUGAUGUUUGGGAGGAAUCUCCGGCAGUUGCUUCUGACCAGCCCUGUGAGGGGCCGUACUUUAAUGGGUGUAGAUCCUGGCUACAAACAUGGCUGCAAGUUGGCCAUUAUUUCACCAACCAGUCAGAUACUCCAUACUGAUGUCGUUUACUUGCAUUCUGGUCAAGGCUUUCGUGAAGCUGAGAAGAUAAAGAGGCUGCUGCUACAGCACAACUGUAGCACUGUUGUGAUUGGCAAUGGCACAGCCUGCAGAGAAACAGAAGCUUACUUUGCUGACUUAAUUAUGAAGAAAUAUUUUGCACCACUGGAUGUUGUUUAUUGCAUUGUCAGUGAAGCAGGAGCAUCUAUCUACAGCGUCAGUCCAGAAGCGUCCAAGGAAAUGCCAGACCUAGACCCUAACCUAAGAAGUGCAGUUUCCAUAGCUAGACGUGUCCAAGACCCAUUAGCCGAGCUUGUGAAAAUUGAGCCCAAACACAUAGGAGUUGGAAUGUAUCAGCAUGAUGUAUCACAGACUUUGCUCAAAGCAACUCUGGACAGUGUGGUUGAAGAGUGUGUCAGCUUUGUAGGAGUUGAUAUUAACAUCUGCUCAGAAAUACUAUUAAGGCACAUUGCAGGACUGAAUGCUAACAGGGCUAAAAAUAUAAUUGAAUGGCGAGAGAAGAACGGACCAUUUAUAAACAGAGAACAGCUCAAGGAAGUUAAAGGUCUAGGUCCCAAAUCCUUCCAACAGUGUGCUGGCUUCAUUAGAUUCAAUCAAGAAUAUAUAAAGAACUUCUGCAGUAGUAAAAAAGCUCAACUUGGAAGUCAUGCGCUUUUGACUAAAGCAGGUGCACAGGGUAAGAAGAAGUGCAAACCAACACCAUAUGCCUCACGACUGCCCAAUCCUUUAGACCAAACUUGUAUCCAUCCAGAGUCUUACAACAUUGCAAUGAGGUUUUUAUCUUUAAUUGGAGGAAAUGUAAAUGACAUAGGAAAAUCAGAUAUGCAGCAAAAAGUAAAUGCAGUAAUUCAAAAGGAAGGACUGGAGGGCACAGCCAAAAUGCUAAAUACAACGGUGCACACACUGCAGCUGAUCAUUGAUGGUCUGACUCAGCCUGAAGGGUUUGACAUCCGAACAGAUUUUGAUAAACCUGACUUCAAGAGAAGCAUUGUUUGCUUUGAAGACUUAAGUGUUGGUGCUGUUCUGACUGGAAAAGUGGAAAAUGCAACACCAUUUGGAGUUUUUGUUGACGUUGGUGUGGGAAAAGCAGGUUUGAUUCCAGUGCGAAAUAUAACAGAAGCAAAAUUAUCUAAAUUGAAGAAGAGAAGAAGUCUAGGAUUAGGUCCUGGAGAAAGAGUAGAAGUUAAGGUGCUUAAUGUUGAUAUUCCUCGAUUGAGGAUAACAUUGGAUCUUAUUCGUGUUUUAUGAGAG